AUGUCAAGAAGACCGCUUCAUAAACACAGCGUGAACGUCCUCACCGAUACUCCCAAGGCUCAUUCGGCUAAGAUCACCACGCCUCCUCGGUCUGUCCACCUUAAACGUAACCAUACCGUGCUAGAGACGCCUGUACGUCCUGACCACUCGAAUCAUACUCAGGGCACGUUUUCCAUGAAUAACGUGCUUUUGUCGCCGGCGUUUUCGUCGCCCCAGCCUCCCCAGCCGCCUAUAUUCGACCAUCACCUGCUGCUGUCGCUGUUGGCGACGUCUGAGGGUAGUGGGAGUGCUACUUUGGCGCCUCCACCGCCUCCGUUUGCUGCUAGCUUUCGUCCUACUCAGACCCAGGGUGGAGAUUCGGGGUUUGGCACCGCGUUUGGUAGCGUUUUUGAAGCGCCAACCACGUCUCUUGCAGUGCCUGCUGGACCUCCCAAGAAGAAACUGCGUCCUAAGAAACCUAGAAGAGAGGCGUCUGAAACGUCGUUUUCCAUUGAUUCCCAUGAAAAACCGCCAUACUCGUAUGCUACGCUUAUUGGCAUGUCUAUUCUUUCCCAUCCUGCCAAACAGCUUACGCUUUCUCAGAUCUAUACGUGGAUCUCUGAAACGUUCAAGUACUACCGCCGUGAAGACGUGGGCUGGCAGAACUCCAUUCGUCACAACUUGUCUCUUAAUAAAGCGUUUGUCAAAGGAAUGAAAUCGAAAGAUGGAAAGGGCCAUUUCUGGUGCAUCAAGCCUGAUUGUGAGGACCUUUUCCUUAAAGCAAAGAACAACAAGAAGAGUCUGUACCAUGAGGUGAUGGACCAGUUGGCCCUGGCUCGUCGCAACAACUCAAUUGCUUCUAUUCCUCUGUCACCAACCAGUGGCAGCUUUGACGACAGGAAACAGUCUUUAGAGACUGAACCCUCUGCCAAACGCGCUAGAACAGACCUGCAACAAACCGACUUGCCUGACGACUCCCCAUUAGAUAACGCCCUCCUUAGAACUCCCGUUGUCAAGGCCCGUUCUGACUCAGAUAAGCCCAUUUUGGCCGAGAAGCAUAUGACCUUCACUUCCAGCUUCAGCUGCAACCUGAACUUUGAGCUUCUGCCUGCUCAUCCAAUGGAAACAGGUCCGCUUCUUGAGCCUCUCACCCCAGCUGCAAUCACCAAUGUCGUUCUCCAGCAGACCGGUUCUGCUUCGAGCGUGCAGCUCCCGUCCAUUACACUCAACCGUGUUGCUCCUCCACAUAUUCCCCAGCUCCAACCAUCAAUGCAGAACACCACUACUCCUCGAACCGCUGGCUCGGCUCGAACCCCAAUUGCCGCUAUCAAGACGCCUCUUAGAAGUCUCAAGACUCCCCUGGGUAGUACCUUGGUGAGGAAGCUCUGGCAGUCUCCCUCGUACCUCGAAGAGUUCUACCACUCUCCAUUCGGUACGGGCAGAGCGUUGCUCAAUUCUUACGAUGAUGACGAUAUGCUUAUGAGAGCAUUUGACAGUCCUGCUACUUCCAGAGAAGGACGGGUCAACCUCAUCAAUGAGUUGAAACGUGCUGAUGACGACGACGACAAACAGCCAGAAGCGCCUUCUAGCGACGCCACUGAUGUCGAUGGAGAUGAAGAUUAA